UCAAUCAAUGACAGGCUUCUGAUAACCCGUGUACACAUGACAUGCCACGGUUUGCCAAGAUGGACGCCUACCGACACAUUAUUCUACGAACGAUACUUCUUAUUACCGCAGUCGACAGCUACGUACUGGCUUCUCGCACAAUACCGAUUUCAAAAUCCCCCGACUUGUCUUUGACGAUAACGGAUGAUGACGACUAUAACCUAAAUAUCAAUGGACGGCCCUGGUUGUUCAGCGAGAGCACGUUCUUCAGGGCUGAUGGCCGGAUGUUCUCAGUGGAGGAGGGCACGCUCACCCUAAUCAGCGUCACCAAUAGGAGCGGCGUGGAUAGAAUGGGUCAAUGGAAUUCUGUGGACUUUCUGUACAAGGCAGGAUCCCAUCAGAUGCAGACAAGCGUCAUGUAUUACAUACAGCCGAUUUACCCACUGGUGCUGUUUAAACAGAAAUACCUGGACGACGUGCAUGACGCAAGUGCCACGCUUAGAGAUGAGACAAUUUCCGGGUUCCCGAGUUUCCAGGUGGUUGACAAGUCCGAUAUUGGCCUUGGUUACCUGUCGUACGGUGGCAUGAUGACCGGGGACACGAGGAGGAAGUUCGGGAAAUGGGGAGAGGUCAUGACUGAUUAUAACCAGGGCAUCACAGAUGGGCCUCUGGCAAUAUUUGACAAAAACCAAACAGCCACGACUUUCGUCAUCUCUCCAGCCAGUAAGUUCAUGAUUGCAUCGAUGUGGCACAAGUCAGUGCUAAAUGUCCAGGGCGCAGCGCACUGGGGACUUCUAGGAUCUGUUGACGACGUACCCCAAGACUUUGAAAUGAUGACCAUCGCCUAUUGCGGGGGCCAGGGGAUUAACAAGGCCUUGGAAGACUGGGGCACGUUCCUGCAACACUACUACGGGCGUGAUGACCGCUAUGUGAAGUCUGACCUCACAGUAAACUACAUCGGCUAUUGGACUGAUAACGGGGCCUACUACUAUUACAACACUGUGCCCGGGAAGAACUAUGAAGAUACAAUGCUUGACAUCGUUUCAUAUUUUCCACAAACAGGCAUCCCAUUCAAAUACAUACAGUAUGAUUCAUGGUGGUACUUCAAAGGACUGGGGGACGGUGUAAAGACAUGGGUAGGCCGCCCUGACGUAUUUCCCCAUGGGAUGCAAUGGGUGUACAAUAAAACUGGAUUACCGGUGUCAGCCCACAAUAAAUUUUGGUCAGGAGACACCACUUAUGCAAAACAGAAUGGUGGAAAGUACAACUUUAUUAUCGAAGGAUCAAGAGCUGUCCCCGACGAUCAGACAUUUUGGGACGAUCUCCUUAAGUCAGGACGAGAAUGGGGUUUGAUUACUUAUGAACAGGACUGGCUGAACCAUGAAUUUGUGAACGUCAAAGCUCUGCAGACCAAUGUGUCUCUGGGGGAGAGGUGGCUAAAGCAGAUGGGCCAGGCAGGUAUAGACAACAACGUGACCAUCCAGUACUGCAUGUCCAACUCAAGACAUAUAUUACAAGCAUUGGAGAUCCCGUCUGUCACACAGGCUCGAGUUAGUAUGGAUUAUCACCCAGGCUUGGAACAAUGGAAGAUCGGCGUCUCAUCAAUAUUCGCUCACGCCAUGGGAAUCAGGCCAUAUAAGGACACCUUCUGGACAACGCGAUAUCAGCCAGGAAAUAAAUAUAUUGGAGGAACGUCAGAACCGAACACGGAGCUGAAUGCCCUCAUAGCAACCCUUAGCACUGGCCCUGUCGGACCUGGGGACAUGAUAGGGGCCUUCAACGCAUCUAUAAUAAUGAAGAGUGUCAAUGCCGACGGGAAGAUACUGAAACCAUCCAAGCCUGCCACAGCCAUAGACAACCAAAUACGAAGGCUUGCGUUUGGCGCUGACUUCAACGGCCCAUCUGGGGAGGUGUACACAACAUAUUCUGACUUUGGUGGAAUGUGGAAAUUUGGUAUCAUACUGGCCGCCGACCUCCUUGCAGGAUACACGAUAACCCCAACUGAUGCAGGAUUUCAACAGUUACCACAGUUUCCGACCAGCAGAGUGUUUUCACACAGCAGUACAAGCAGCAUCGAUAUAUUCACUGAUGACACCCCCCUGGUUCUGUCUGGCUGCUCAACAGUUGCCUACUGCCUACACUACACCUCGCCUACUAUAGCCAUGGGCGACAACACGGUUGUGGUCGUCCUGGGCGAACUGGACAAGUGGGUACCGAUGUCUCCACAGAGAGUUGUGUGGAUCAGAAUGGACACUGAUGUCAGUAUCCGCAUAACCGGUGCUCCCAGUGAGGUGGUCACCUUCUGGUUCAGCCUUAAUGACCAAGUAGUCACCGUUAAAUGCAUCCUUGGCCCAAAAGGGUUUGCUACUAUUCUCGCCAGGGCUCUCAAAUGUACGCCCGAAUAACUUUGGUUGCUAAUAAAAUGUUAUUGAGAAUUUACCGAAACCAAA